AUGAACCCGAUACAGCCAAUACAAUUCCAGAACUUCCAGGUGCAGCUGCAUCCGCCAUGCACUGUGAAGAACACGUUCCUGAACGUACCCGAGGAGAGUGUCUCCAGCGAUGAAGAGCUUUACACUCCCUUCGAAAGGUGCAACAUGUCAGCGCCUCCAGUUCUCCAGGAUCCGGCAUAUGUCCAGCCGGAGAGCACAGCGGCUUGCAACUACUACAUGCGCCUGCCCGGCCCAUGCCCGUCAAUCUUGCAGCUUUCCUUCCCUGACGGCCUCAGUGAAGGUGACCAACAUCGGUUCAGGAUUCAGGAGCAAGGCGGCAAAGUUGUACAACAGGAGAAGAAACAAUCCAAGAAUGUUUCGUCGUCGUCUUCACAGGACGAGCCAGAGCCACAACCUGGAGUUCAGCCGAUGAAAAGCGCUGGGAGUGUUGGACAUCCUGACACUUGCAAGGAGUGCACCUUCUAUUUCUUCAGUGCUGCGGGUUGCCGCAACGGAGCCGACUGCACCUUCUGCCACGAGUUUCAUCCAAGGAAGAACAACAAGAAGAAUAGGCGCAUCAUGCGAACAUUGCAGACACGUGAGCAUCACGACACUUCACAAGAUGGCAAGGAGGUCACAGAGGACAAGCCUGAGCACGAGGGCCAAAGCACACCAAGCAGUGAAUGUCAAAGCUUGCCAACCGCGGAGAAGAUCGAAAAGGUGAAGGUCCAAGAGAAGAGUGUCCAGGAAAUUUCGAGCGAAGGUGAAGUGCCCGCUGUCAUGAGUUCGGGCGGUGACGGCAUGCUGCGGGUGAGCUAUGAGAAGGCCACAUCGGCCGGGACUUCGGACAGUAGCGGGCCUGUUGCCUUGACGCUCAUUGCGGGAGUUCGCACUCACCUGCGCCCGCAGCUUCACUACGCCAGUGCAGAGGGACAGCGCUGCUUGGAACCUACCCUGGCUUUUGUGGUGCAGCCGCCGCUUCCUGCAGGCUUGAGCAUGGACGCGAAGACCGGCAGUAUUAGCGGCAUUCCGGAGUCCUCCCAGAAGGCAGGUGUGCAUGUCGUCACAGUCAAAGUUCCUGCGCAGGGCUAUGGUGGCAUUGCACUUGGAGACGUUCCUCUGGCGAGCUGCAAGCUAUUCCUGACGGUCCGACCGCUACAAAACUUCAUACUCACCGGGACGGAUUCGACAGAGGUUUCGCUCAGCGCGUCCGAUCCCUAG